GGCAAUCCACCACGAGGCCUCCAUUAUUUGAUGGAACGAAUUACACAUAUUGGAAGGAGCGAAUGAGAAUUUUCAUCCAAUCAAACAACUUUCUCCUAUGGAGAAUUAUCAAGAAUGGGGAAGAAGUGCCCAUGAAGAAAGUUGGGGAAACCACCGUUGCCAAAACCGAAGACGAAUACGAUGCACAAGAUAUCAAGAAAAUAGAGAACAACGCCAAGGCUAUCAACAUUCUUUACUGUGCAGUAAAUCCGGAUGACUACCGGAAAAUUUCAUGUUGCUCGACCGCUAAGGAUAUGUGGGACAAACUCGAAAUCACAUAUGAAGGUACGAAUCAAGUCCGAGAAGCUAAGAUAGAUUUUCUAACCCAUGAAUAUGAAUUGUUUCGUAUGAAGGAGAAUGAGAAAAUCGAUGAGAUGUUUGAACGAUUCUCCAAAAUCGUUAAUGAUCUCCAUGCUCUCAAGAAGACGUACACGGACAAGGAGCUUGAAUCAACGCAAAAGAAACCAUAUUACUUCUUCUAUUAUGAUGAAAAGAAGAAGAUUCACAUACCACUUCCAGAACCCACACAAAUCAAACCGAGGUAUAGACAUUCGGUUCAAGUAGACUGGAACCCGCCAACCGCAAAACGACAAGUUGGCCAAGGAGGUCAUCAAAGAAAAAGAUCCCGCAUCGGCAAGAACGUGGCUUUUUCCUCGGCUCCUCCACCACCUGCGCACAAGUAUCUCGACGGGUCGUUCCUUUGGUUCAACGACCGCGAAGAGGCUGCGAGGUUCUCGGAGAAGUUUGAGCACCGGGAGAUUCUUCCUCCCCGGUUCUUCACGGGCCGCUUCAUUCACAGCUCCAUUCCACGCCAGGCAUGGAUCAUCCUCCAAGAAGGACACUUCCUCGACCUACUCUACAUCACGAAGAACGACUAUCAACCUUUUCUUGUUCGAGCCUUCUACUCGAACUUGAAAAAGGAUGAGGACGGAUCGUUAAUUUCAAACGUCAAUGGGGUGGAGAUCUAUUUGAAUGAGGAGAACAUUCAAAUCCUCACCGGGCUUCGACGGGAUGGACAGGAUCUCGGGCUCUACGUCGGAGAAGAAGGAGCACGGUUCAACGAGACCGCCUUCUUGGAGGAAGUGGGCAUCCGAAACUUCGUCCCCACUCCUCAACAGCGGCGUCCUACGAUUUCUUCCAUGAGUCCCGUGUAUCGUUUCAUCUUCUAUGUGUUGACACGGAUCCUCAAGCCCAGGAAGUUCAACCACACCACUCUCUCCCAAGAAGACACGAAGACGAUCCAUGCGAUGAUUCACAACGCUAAUAUCAAUUGGUGUAAAUUUGUGAUGAUCCACAUGUUCAACGCCACCUCCAACAACCGGCCGCUCCCCUAUGCUCUUCUCGUCAUGGCGAUCCUUGAUGAGUACCACAUCAAGACGGACGUCGGGCCGAAAUGCAAAGGGACGAAGCAUUGGGUGAUUGACGAGUCCUCCUUCCACCCGGGAACCGAUGAAGCUACAUUCCCGCAGCCUCGUCCUCGUCGCCAACCGAGAGCUACAGCCUCGACUGCCACCGCUUCAACCAAUCUGUCUCUCGCCGAGCAAAUGUCGGCUUUGACCACUACCUUGUCUCGGAUAGACACCAACGUCUCCAAAACGGCACAUAACGUCGAUGUUUUGAGCCGUGAGCUUCACGGGUAUUUUGACUUUGUCAAUUACCCUUACGCUCAAAUGGUCCCCUACGUUUCUCCACCGAAUUUCGGAGGUGAACCAAGCGGGACUCAAAAUGUUGGUAGGGACGACGCGGUGGACGUUGAAGAAGAAGAAGCAGAAGAAGAAGAAGAAGAGGAAGAAGAAGCCGAUGAUGAUGAUGAUGAUGAUGAUGAUGAUGGCGAUGGUGAUGAAGAUGGAGACGUUGAAGAAGAAGACAUUGACGAAGAACAACUUCUCAAUGAUCUUUCCCCGGACUUCUAAGAGCUCUAGCUCUAUUUUUCUCCUCUUCCUUAUUUUAUCAUCUUUUUAUGUACUUUCGUUAUGAACUCCUCCACUUCCCUUAAUUAAUUAAUAAAAAUUUUUAUGGUUUUUGUUAUUAAAUCUUUUUGUUAAUG